AUGCUGAUGAACAUCCAGGCACAGAGAAAAGGCAUCUCCUAUAUAGAAUGCCUCACUCAGGUAUACUUUUUAAACACCUUUGCUGGAAUGGACAAUUUGCUUUUGACUGUGAUGGCCUAUGACCGGUUUUUGGCCAUCUGCUACCCACUGAAAUACACAGUCAUCAUGAACCCUCGGUUCUGUGGCAUUUUAGUUCUGCUCUGUUGGAUCAUCACGUCCUGGGUUUGCCUGAUCCACAUUCUACUGAUGAAGCAUCUCGUUUUCUCCACAGUCUCCAAGAUUGCCCAUUUCUUUUGUGACCUGGCUCAGGUUAUCAAGGCAGCCAACUCCGGUACCCUUAUUAGUACCAUCUUUAUAUAUGUGGCUACUGCACUGCUGGGUGUACUGCCUGUCACCGGGAUCCUCUACUCUUACUCUCAGAUUAUCUCUUCGUUACUGAGAAUGUCCUCCACUGCAAGCAGGUAUAAAGCAUUUUCCACCUGUGGGUCUCACCUGUGCGUGGUGUCCUUGUUCUAUGGAACAGCACUUGGGGUCUAUCUCAGCUCUGCUGUGACCCAUUCUUCCCAGGCAAGCAUGAUCGCCUCUGUGCUGUACACGGUGUCCUCUGAGCUGAAACUGCGCACAACCAUCACCCAUCGCACUGUCCAAAUGUCUUCAUGCUGA